CGUUUGAUUCCCGAACUGAAGUGCUUCUACUGUACGGGCAGAUGUUGAGCUUGGAGAAAAGGAUACAGUAGACCGUCUAGUUUUAAUCAAGUGUGGUGACUUUACAGAUUAGUGUGUUUGUCCGUCUGGGGAGUUACAUCAGUUAAGGGCUAGUGGGUGUGAUCCCCCCCUCCUCCCCUCUCCGGUUGGUUGACUGAGGUUGUCAAGCUGUUGCCUGCGUUAGAGAAGGGCUGCUCCUCGGAAAAACCAACGCUAGCUGGCUAGCUAGUUAGUAAGCUAGCGUUGUGGUGUUCGUCGAUGCGUGGAUCGGAGCUUUACGCCGUCCUGUUUCCCAGUAAAUGCCAAAACGCAAAAACAAACGCAAAUUGAACCAGAUCAACAAGUGCCCCGGUAGCUGGAGUAAGGUAAUUGAAAAAGCAGGAUAAAAUGAGUGAACUGGACCAGUUACGCCAAGAGGCUGAUCAGCUCAAGAACCAGAUCAGAGAUGCUAGGAAAGCAUGCGCAGAUGCCACACUAUCACAGAUCACGGCUAAUAUUGACCCCGUUGGCCGAAUCCAGAUGCGUACAAGACGAACGCUGCGGGGUCAUUUGGCUAAAAUCUAUGCCAUGCAUUGGGGAACAGAUUCCAGGCUCCUGGUCAGUGCCUCUCAAGAUGGCAAACUCAUCAUUUGGGACAGCUAUACUACAAAUAAGGUUCAUGCCAUUCCACUUCGAUCUUCCUGGGUCAUGACUUGCGCCUAUGCACCGUCAGGAAAUUAUGUGGCCUGCGGUGGCUUAGACAACAUCUGCUCCAUCUACAACCUGAAAACCCGUGAGGGAAAUGUACGUGUGAGCCGUGAGCUCGCUGGACAUACAGGAUACCUGUCCUGCUGUCGCUUUCUCGAUGACAACCAGAUUGUUACAAGCUCUGGAGAUACCACUUGUGCACUUUGGGACAUUGAGACUGGCCAGCAGACAACUACUUUUGCUGGACACACAGGUGAUGUCAUGAGCCUGUCAUUGGCCCCCGACACACGGUUAUUUGUCUCUGGUGCUUGUGAUGCUUCGGCUAAACUCUGGGAUGUCCGUGAGGGCAUGUGCAGACAGACCUUCACUGGCCAUGAGUCCGACAUCAACGCCAUCUGUUUCUUCCCUAAUGGCAAUGCCUUUGCCACUGGCUCUGAUGAUGCCACCUGCAGGCUGUUUGAUCUGCGUGCUGAUCAGGAAUUAAUGAUCUACUCUCAUGACAACAUCAUAUGUGGCAUCACCUCUGUUGCAUUCUCAAAGAGUGGCCGUCUUCUUCUGGCCGGCUAUGAUGACUUCAACUGUAAUGUGUGGGACACACUAAAAGCUGACCGUGCUGGUGUGCUGGCUGGACAUGACAACCGUGUAAGCUGCCUUGGAGUCACUGAUGAUGGCAUGGCAGUUGCAACGGGAUCCUGGGACAGUUUUCUGAAGAUCUGGAAUUGAAGCCUGAAGAUGUUCAUUUAACUCCAAAGUUGACUGGAAGACCAUUACAACUUCAGAAUGUUCACAGCAUCUUCUCAACACUGUUUAAACUGACUUGGACACCACAAAAACGAAGGGAAACCAAUGCCUUUCCUACACAAAGAAGAGCACAAUUGUUUAUCACCUAGUUAAGAAAGGAUCUCCUGUGGUAUCAAAUCAGAAACUUGUGCAUUCCUUCUUGGACCAUUUUAUGUUACCUUGAAAAAAAAACAACAACAACAACAACACUAUCAUCCCAUGCAAAUGUGUGCGUCUCGAAAGCAAAUGUUGGAGUGUAAUUGUACAAAUUAUUUAACUUUUUUUUUUUUUUAAGAAUUCUAUUCUGAUGGUUUGUUAUUCUCGAUGGCUUUUCUUUGUCAUAUUUCUUUAGUGGUUUUAGAUAUGUUUGAAUUACUGCUUGUCUUUCUAAUCCAGUUAAAUCAUAUAAGACAGAUGACCGAAAACACGCCGCAAGUAAAAGCUUGGAUCAUAUAACACGAGCAGCUUUCCAAAAUUUCCAUGAUGUAUUUAAAUACUAGCUGUCUUUUUUUUUUUCAUCACAGCCUUUUGCACAUGAAGAAGCUUCGCCUUUCAACUAAUACUAUGUUAAACGAACCAAGCACAUGCUCUAAGUUAUGAAUGCUCAUUCCAGUACAAAAGGAGUUAUAACGAGUAACUUAUACAGUUAACCCCCUAAUUCUUGUACAUGCCUUUAAAGCUGGGUGGGAAGGGGUGGGGUAGCAAAAUAGGUGCUGAGAUAAUUGGGGCAUGGCUGGAUUUUAUUACCGUAUAUGGAUGGGGGGUGGGGGUGGGGGGUUGUGUUUAGUAUCCACUUUGAGUGAAACACCUCACCUGACUAAAUAGACACUUCCUUUGCUUGGGACUGCAGUUGCAACUCUGUGAAUGAAAUGUACAAAUCAAUGUCUGAAAAUAAUGGUCUGAUGUUUUAAGUUAAGACAUUUAAUUUUGUCUGCCAUGAGUUAAUUUAGAUGUGCAUGCUGUAGACUUGCUUUCAAUGGUGCAAAAUUUCUAGAUUUUUUAUUUUUUUUUGUUAGUUUCUGAAAGGAGAGUAACCUAAUGAUUGAACUUCAUAGAAGCCAUUUUUUUGGCUCCAACUCUGCAUACAUCAUGUUCUAAUUACUGGUAAAGCUAUGCACCAGAGUGAGCAAGAAUGGAGAAGACUAAAUAUUGAUUGCAAACUUAGUGUAAAUGAUGCUUACCAGUUCUAUUGAUGCCAAUUUUUGUAAUUAUUAUAACAAUCAUUGUGAAAUUAUAUCCUUGACAAGUCCUAUUCUCUCCUUCAAAUCUCCACACUCAAUGGAACAACAAUGUCCUCACAAACUGUCCAUACUAAACUUUUGUACAUUUUUUCUUGGUCUUAAAUUGAAAAUCCGAGCAUCUGAAUGACAACAUUUCACUGUAUACAGAAGCAC